AGAGCAAAUGAAGCAGACCAGCCGAUGGGCUUCUGCUCCAUGUAACAGCACAGGCUCAGUAGCUUUAACAUAGACCAACACGUGGACCAACACUUCAGACUCCCUCCAAAUAUUUCGAAUUAGAGAAGAAGAAAUGAAUCUUGCAAACAAGAGUGGAACAUCCAGAGACAUAUAUGACUGGGACUAUGUUCUGUGGGAAGUUCGUUUGACAUUACUAGCAGCUGGUUUUUUUAUCUACCUGGGAGUAUUUCUUCUAGCUCACUGGCUGUCCUCAUGGAUCAGUGCCAGUUAUCGCGCUUUGCCAGGAAAGGAGAAGGCCUUCUGGAAUAUGCAUAUGACACGUGGCGUGUUUGCAGUUCAGAGUUGUGGAGCUGGCUUGUGGGCCUGGUUCAUAGAUCCAGUUUUUCAAGCUGACCAAGUGUACUCACAGCAAAAGUGGAGCUAUUUUCAUUGCUUAAUAGCCGCUGGCUACUUUUUACUUGACAAUGUACUUCUUCAUGUGUCUAAUAUUCUUUUCGGGAUGUUUGAGAAGUACUCAGUGGUUCAUCAUUUAUUUGCCUUUGGUGCGAUUCUUGUUGUGAUAACAAACAUAAAGUCUGGACACUAUCUAAUCCUGACUGGACUGCUACUUGAGAUGAGUUCUCCUUCAACCUGCCUCUCCCAUGUGCUUUCAAAGAUUGGCUAUGAUAAUACCCGUUUUUGGAAGGCAAACCAAUGGGUACUGAUCCGCAUGUGUCACUGCCGCAUAGUCCUUUCUUAUCACAUGUUGUGGGUGUGUAUUUCCAAUUGGAAUGAUGUGGUGGAAAAUAUGGGACUUCCAUAUUUUAUUGUCUUUUUCAUGGGGUUAAGUAUAUUUACAUUCAUAAUUAAUCCACACUGGACAUACGAAACAACUGAGAAGUUCUUCCGUCAAGUUGAUGGGAACUCUUCAAAUACAGCAGUGAAAAAUGAAUCUUCUGAAACAGUUCAGAAGAAGAUGAUAUAG